CUUCGGCUCACCCUCGGCGGGAGAGGCAAGGAGCAAUGGGCGCCGAGGAGCAGUUUCCCUUCUUGCCGGUGCGCGGCGGGGUUUUCUGGAGCCAGACUUUGGAGGCUCAGGUGCCGCCCGGCUUUUCGGCGGAGGAGACCGCCUCGUGGCUGCGGGCGGCCCGGGAGGCGCGCGUCGUGUCGCUCGAGCGCGGCGGCUGCGGCCGCAGCUCCAACCGGCUGGCCCGGUUAUCGGACGGGAGCCGCGCCUGCGUGCGCUACGGCAUCAACCCGGAGCAGAUCCAGGGCGAGGCGCUCUCCUAUCACCUGGCCGGGCUGCUGGGCAUUCAGGAGCGGCUACCGCCUCUGACUCUCUCCCGGGUGGAAGCCCGCGGCGGGCAGUGGGCGGAAGUGCGCGACGAGCUGCGCGGCUCCCAUUGGGCCGAAGGGGCCGUGGUGAGCCUGGCGCGGUGGGUGGACAAUCUGACCGACGUGGUGGCCCCCGCCCCCUGGCAAGCUGAGGCGGGGGCGCCGGCGGCCGGCCGGAGGUUGCAGCCCCUGGCUGCGGGGGAGCUGAGAGGCCUCAGCCAGACGCAGCUGGUGGAGUUGGUGCAGUGGAGCGACUUGAUUCUUUUCGACUAUCUCACGGCCAACUUCGACCGGCUGGUCAGCAACCUGUUUAGCCUGCAGUGGGACCCGCGCGUCAUGCAUCGAGCCACCAGCAACCUGCAACGGGCCCCCAACGGGGGAUUGGUUUUCCUCGACAACGAGGCCGGCCUGGUGCACGGCUACCGGUUGCUGGCCAUGUGGGACAAAUACAACGAGCCUUUGCUCCGCUCCGUCUGCGUCUUCCGCGAGGCCACCGCCCAGAGAGUGCGGGAGUUGCACCGCCUGCGCAACGCGGCGUCCGAGCUGCUCAGGCUCUACCGGACUCGGGAGCCUCUGGCCGAGAUUCUCGGCUUCCUCUCCGACCAGCAAGCCCAGCUGCUCCAGGAGCGAAUCGACUUUGUCCAUAAGCACAUUUUGCACUGCAAAGCCAAGGCCGCCGCUCCGUGAUGUUCUUUGGCGAAACGGCCUGGAUUUAUGAGACUCGGAAGAGAUUCAAGAAUGAGGAGAAGGACGUCUGAAGGGGGUCUUUCCCAUAUUCAAGAGCCUGGGGGAAUCAAUAUCCCUAAAAGGAAAUCGACGCUGGAACCCACUUGGGGGUUGACAGGAGCCCCUCCCUGCAGAAUGUUCCUGUGAUUUUACAGAAGAAUAUGUGGCAAGCCCAGCUAAAAAUGACCAUGAUUCAGAGUUUUUGUUUUGUGAGGAUGAAUAGCCAGUAGCUGAACUAGUUCUUGUCUCUCAGAUACUUUUGUUCCUGGAAUCUAUAUGCAGAAUAUGAUCUUUCUUUAUCUGACACUCCUAGUGUUAAGUUCCUGAAGAAAAAGCGUGUUGCUGCCAAUUUCACUCUUCUUGUUGAGGAGGCCUGGAUGUUUGGGAGAGAUGCAUUCACAUGGCCUUCUGCACCCUGGGAACCUCCUAGAUGCAUUGAACCACAUCUUACACCAGGCCCCAGCUGGCAUGUUGGCCAAGGGUGAUAGAAGUUGUAAUCCUGUUCAACAGGAGGGUGCCAUAUUAAAGCUGGAUUAAAAUGUCAUAACUCCACCCCCCCCCAAUUUUUCAGUAUUAGAUGUAAUAAUGCCCCCUUCUACCCCU